AUGCCAAGGCUGGCAAUGGCUACGGCUCAAACUGUGCUCCGUGUAUACACGGCCUCGCUCCGCCGAGUUACACCCCGAAGUGCCGGACAUCUUUCUUGGACGGAAUGUGGCAACCCGAAGCCGGAACUCCGCAUCCGCGUGAGAGACCAAUGUGACAACGUCAAGUGCCUGUGCGCCAAAUCUGAGAUCUGCAAGGAGGGGACCACCGAGGUCCCGCCCACUGAAGAACUCCUGCCCCCGUACGGAGAAGUCGAGCCCCCGUACGGAGAAGUCGAGCCCCCGACUGGAGAAAUCCAGCUCCCCACUGGAGAGAUGGAACCCCCCACUGGAGAAAUCGAGCCCCCGACUGGAGAAGUCGAGCCCCCGUAUGGAGAAGUCGAGCCCCCGACUGGAGAGAUCCAGCCCCCGUAUGGAGAAAUCGAGCCCCCGUAUGGAGACGUCGAGCCCCCGACUGGAGAAAUCGAGCCCCCGUAUGGAGAAGUCGAGCCCCCCACUGGAGAGAUCCAGCCCCCGACUGGAGAAAUCGAGCCCCCGUAUGGAGAAGUCGAGUCCCCGACUGGAGAGAUCCAGCCCCCGUAUGGAGAAGUCGAGCCCCCGACUGGAGAAGUCGAGCCCCCGUAUGGAGAAGUCGAGCCCCCGUAUGGAGAGAUCCAACCCCCGACUGGAGAGAUCCAACCCCCGACUGGAGAGAUCCAGCCCCCGUAUGGAGAAGUCGAGCCCCCGACUGGAGAGAUCCAGCCCCCGUAUGGAGAAGUCGAGCCCCCGACUGGAGAAAUCCAGCCCCCCACUGGAGAGAUGGAACCCCCCACUGGAGAAAUCGAACCCCCGACUGGAGAGAUCGAACCCCCAACCACUGGUGGCGAGGGCGAGCAAGGCGAACCUGGAGUAGACGAGAGCACUGAGGAGGGUCCGAUCGAAGAGGAGGACACCUCGACUGAGGGAAGCAAUAGUGAGAAAGAAGAAGGAGGUCCGCCGACUGCAGCAAUUGCCGGUGGUGUCGUUGGUGGUGUUCUUUUGCUCGCUGCCGCGAUCGGCGCGGGCAUGUACGCAAGUGGCGGGGGCGGCGGCGAAGCAGAAGGCGAGCAGGUCAUGUUCGAAGGCGCAGAAGAAGGUGGUGUGACUGGCGAGGCACCGGAGACGGAAACCGUUAUCGAAAUCGAAGACGACGCGUGGGCAGAUAUGGACUAA